AUGCAGACUAAGAAUCUGAAGAGUUUUUACGUCUGGUAUAUAAUAACAUUUCAUCUUACAGCUAACCGAGCGUCACGCAAUCGCUUUUCUGUAAUCCGCCUUCACGAUUAUUUACACUAUUGUGGAAUAUUCCUGGCCCAUUUCUUGAUGAAAAUCGAUCGCAAUAUUAUUUCAAGCCUUCUAUAUAGUCUUCUUACUUUGCGCGCGAGUUGGUUGGUGUGAUGUCUGUACAGAUUUUAUCAACGUAAUAAAAGUAGAUGAUGUGAACAACAGUGAUGGUAAAGCAAGCUUAAAACGGUAGAAAUCGCCAGAAAAUACAACGGAUACACAGGGUAUGAGUAAGUUUUACUGAUUUUACGAGAAAAAUGUUCAUAUUUCGAAAUAUGUAUCGUUGUAAAUCGACCAUACUUCGUUCCCUGUACUAUUCCUUAUAACGUGCAGUUCCUCUCGUAACUUAACACCGAGUCACACAACGCGUGACGCGUUCAUGAAUUAAUCGUUGGCUUUUUUCUCGAGACGUGAGCUUGGGCCGCUUGUGACAAGACAAUUGCGUAAACAAUAUUUAACAUAACAACAUUAUAAAAAAAAAACACAGGGUUUUGGAUCACGUAUUUAUUAAAAAGAAUAUCCAUACAACUACAAUGAAAACAAACGUAAGAUUCACCUUUCUGAUCGUGAAAUUAAUACCAUUCGUACUGUUAUCGUAGCUACGUUCCUUGCCAUCAAGUGAAUCCAACAUGUCGUCUUUCUUCACAAGCAGUUUGCAUCCCAUAUAGUUAUGUUCUUCAGUCUCACGGCAGUAGCGUUGUUCAAUAGAUUGCAUAGAGUAUAUGCAGUUUGGUUUCAGAUUUCAGAUUUUGCUUUUUACAACAAGUGAACGUUUUUCAACUAAGACAUUGGCAUACUUAGCAUACAAGGCAUUCAAGGCUUUCGUGGCUUUCAAGCGUUCGCGACCCAAUCCGUUCCAAAAUUACCGCUCAAUAACAUCUUUCAGUGAGGAUUAGCCGCGAUUAAUACGACUUGUAUAUGCGUCUGUAAGUAUUUUGCGCGUUUGCGCUAUAACGCUCCAGGAGAUCGCAAUCCAAAUACGUUGAAAUGCAAAACAACUGACCAAAGAGUUUCAUGAGCAAAAUCUCGUGUUCGCCAUGUGACUCGGCCCUGUCUGUGCAUGACAACGUCAGUCAUCAUCAAGAUAACACGCGUGAUCAGCAUGUGAACACCUCAUUGGAUCACAGUUAGUUGUCAUGGUGUCGAGGGAUAACACGCGUGAUCAGUAUGUGAACACCUCAUUGGAUCACUGUUAGUUGUCAUGGUGUUGAGGGCCCAAUGACCUCUGGGUACUAUUGCACAAUUUUUCCAUUUUGUGGGGGAGGAAAAAAAAAAAAAAAAAAAAGAAAGACGACAAAAAAACAGAGGCAUUUUAUGACUGGGCUACCACAGGUAUCCCAGUAAAAAGACGACAAAAAAACAAAGGCAUUUUAUGACUGGGCUACCACAGGUAUCCCAGUAAAAAAACAAAGGCAUUUUAUGACUGGGCUACCACAGGUAUCCCAGUAAUGAAGUAAAACAACAACUUGUCAACUUGACAUCCCGGUACAAUCACUUGGAGAAGAAAUCUUUUUCCAUAGAUCGGUUUAGUAAGUCUAUGUGGUUUUACACUGGAUUCGCUAAUGAAGAAAUAUUUGAUGCGUUAUACAAUUUAUGUGACUCUGGUGAGAAUGGCGAAAAUAUUCGUUAUUGGCACUCAUCAUCCACAGGCCAGGAUACAACUGUUCUUAGAGAAAAUGAUGAAUACAUAGAAACAUUUCCAAAGCCUGGAAGACCAAGGUUACUGCAUCCUAAGGAGGAACUUUUUAUUACUUUGUUUAGAUUAAGACAAGGUUUCGCAGAGGAACAUCUUGCUCAUCUCUAUGGAAUAUCUCUAACUACAAUAAGCAGGAUAAUAAUAACCAGGGUCAACCUUUUACAUUUAAGGCUUAAGGAUGUACCCAUGUGGCCCUCUAGAGAAAAGGUAAACAAACACAUGCCAGAGCAGUUUAAAGAAAAAUAUUCCUCAACUAGAAUAACAAUAGACUGCACCAAAGUUAAAUGCCAAAUGCCUUGCAGCCUUUGUUUAAAUAGUGAACUUUUUAGUACCUAUAAAAAUAACACCACUCUGAAAGCCCUUGUUGGAAUAACCCCAGGUGGGGCACUGUCAUUUGUGAGCCAGGUUUACACUGGACACAUCUGA